GCUGUGCGCCUGCUGACUGGAGGCUUUUCUGAAGAGGAUAUCCUCUAAUAUCUUUUUGUGAACAGAGGAAAGUGAUAUGAGAUAAUCAGUGUUUAAUUUUAAAACAUGCUUAUGCUUUUAAACUACUUCGUCUCCUUCUGACCUGAGUUCGUAAGAGGACUUUGGCCCGUCAGGGUGUCUGUCUCUCAAAACCUUACUACCAUAUCCUCUACAGACAUGCUGCUCCAAUGGGAACCACAGCUAAAGAGGAGAUGAACAAGUUUUGGGCCAAAAAUUCCAAAUUAAACAGACCCAUGUCUCCACACAUCACAAUUUACAAAUGGUCCAUUCCCAUGAUGAUGUCCAUCACACACAGAGGAACCGGAGUAGGACUCAGUGGAGCCAUUUCAGCCUUUGCCAUGGCAGCGUUGAUCUUACCUGGAAACUACACCCACUACUUGGACCUGAUCCACUCGUUGUCCGUCGGUCCGUUCCUAAUUGGGCUGGCAAAAUUCGGCAUUGCCUUUCCCGUGUCUUAUCACACCUACAAUGGCAUCCGUCACCUGUAUUGGGAUGUCGGGAAAGGCUUCAAAAUUCCAGAGGUGUACAGCACCGGCUACACCGUCAUCGGCCUGUCUGUCAUCACCUCCAUAGCUUUGACUUUGAUGUGAAGGGAUCAUUGACUAGAUGAAGUGUAAAAGUUUUGUUUAUACAUUGUGGCCGGCUAUUAACCUUUUUUCAUCAAAAAUAAAGGAUAAUGUUAUGCUGUA